UCGCCGCACGAGCUCGGACUGCUGGAGAUAAUCUGCGAGGAGGAGGAGCUGUCAAAGUUUCCCAGGGAAGGAAAAGUCUUUAACUUAAGGAUAAAAUACACCUAAAGAUUUUUCAGUUUUGAUAAAGCGGAAUAUCGCCUGUUGUUGGCAUGGAAUGACACCUUGUGACCGGGAGCUUCAGAAACACGAUGGCAAGCCGUUUGGUGAAGUGGAUCAUUCUCACCUCUGUCUGCUUAGGCUGCUGUGCUCUGGCGGAAAGGAAAGCAGCAUGCCAAGGCACCACAAAUGGUUUAAACCUCCUGGGUUCCAAAGAGGACCACUACCUGAACAUGGUGAAGACUUACAGCAACUGCACUGUCGUCUUGGGAAACCUGGAGGUCACCCACAUUGAGGAUGGCCGUGACCUGUCCUUUCUCACGUCUAUUGAAGAAGCGGGCGGCUAUGUGCUGAUAGCCCUCAACACAGCGAAGAAGAUUCCUCUGCAGAAUCUGCGCAUCAUUCGAGGUCAUUCGCUCUACGAGGGAUCGUUUGGCCUCGCUGUUCUGACCAAUUAUGACCCAGAAACAGACAAGGACACCGAUCAGCUUCUUCUCACCAGCCUCACAGAAAUUCUUAAAGGAGGUGUACAGUUUGGGACUAACCAACCCUGCAAUGUGGAAACGAUACAGUGGUAUGACAUUGUCAACGGUGAUAACAAACCCAAAAUGGUGCUGCCAUUGGACAUCAGCCCUUCGCGAUGCGAAAGAUGCGACUCAAGCUGCUCUAAUGGCUCAUGCUGGGCACCUGGUCGUCAAAACUGUCAGACGUUCACAAAGCUGAACUGUGCAGAGCAGUGCUCUAAGAGAUGCAAAGGACCUUACCCCAUCGACUGCUGUAAUGAGCAUUGUGCUGCGGGCUGCACAGGACCGCGGGCCAGCGACUGUCUGGCCUGUAGGGACUUCCAGGACGAUGGGGUGUGUAAAGACUCCUGCCCAGGCCUCAUGCGCUACGACCCCAACCUGCACCAGCUGGUACCCAACCCACAUGGGAAGUACAACUUUGGGGCCACCUGCGUCAAGAGCUGCCCACGUAACUAUGUUGUAACGGAUCAUGGAUCGUGUGUCCGGACGUGCAGUGCUAACACAUACGAGGUGGACGAGGGAGGAAUCAGGAAGUGCGCCAAAUGUAAUGGACUGUGCCCAAAAGUGUGUAAUGGACUUGGAAUAGGAGACCUGACUCACAUUAUGUCUAUCAAUGCCACCAACAUUGACUCAUUAAAAAACUGCACGAAAAUCAAUGGCAACAUUGCUAUCAUCCACACAUCAAUUCAUGGGGAUACAUUUACCAAGACACCAAAGAUGGAGCUUUCCCAGCUUGAAGUGUUUAAGACAGUUAAGGAAAUAACUGGAUACUUGUUGAUCCAAACGUGGCCAGAUAGCAUGAGCUCACUCAGUCCUUUUGAGAAUUUGGAGAUCGUUCGAGGAAGAACUAAACGUGGUAGCCGUAGUUUGAUGAUAGCUCAGCUCUCUAUCAACCACUUGGGCCUUCGUUCCCUAAAAGAAAUCAGCGAUGGAGACGUGGUCAUCUAUCAGAACCAAAACCUGUGCUACACCAACAAAAGCCACUGGAAGAGGCUCUUCAAAUCAGAAAGCCAGACUGCCAACAUAGAGGGAGAUGCUGAUGCUGCCACAUGUGCCCUGUUGAACAACACUUGCGACAGGAAGUGUACCGCGGACGGCUGCUGGGGUCCCGGCCCUGACAUGUGUUUUGCCUGUCGAGAUUACAACCGAGUUGGGACCUGUGUUGACUCCUGCAACAUCCUGGAGGGAGAGCUGCGAGAGACUACGGUGAAUAAAACCUGCAUCGAGUGUCACCCUGAGUGUCAUCGCAUGAAUGGGAGCGCGACCUGCAGUACUCCGGGAUCUGGAAACUGUACUAAGUGUGCCAACUACCAGGAUGGCCUGUUCUGUGUUCCUCGGUGUCCACAAGGCGUGCCAGGGGAGGACGACAUGCUGGUGUGGAAAUACGCAGACGAGAUGAAAGUGUGCAAGCUCUGCCACAAAAACUGCACUCAGGGUUGCAGUGGGCCUGGUCUUCAAGGCUGCCAGAAUAAAAGCUCUGGCCUCUCCAUGAUCGCGGCUGGUGUUGUCGGUGGGCUGCUGGCUGUUCUUAUUGCAGGCCUGUCUGUGUUUGUGUUGAUGCGCCGACGCCACAUCAAGAGGAAGAGAACAACGCGCAGACUUCUGCAAGAGAGAGAGUUGGUUGAACCCCUAACUCCUAGUGGAGAAGCACCAAACCAGGCUCUGUUGCGAAUCCUGAAGGAACCCGAAUUCAAGAAACUCAAAGUGCUGGGCUCAGGAGCCUUUGGUACAGUUUACAAGGGCCUGUGGGUUCCAGAGGGAGAGGAUGUGAAGAUCCCUGUGGCUAUCAAGGUUUUGAGAGAGGCUACUUCACCAAAAGCAAACAAAGAGAUCUUGGACGAGGCUUAUGUGAUGGCCAGUGUGGAGCACCCCCACGUGUGUCGUCUGCUCGGCAUCUGCCUGACCUCCACAGUGCAGCUCGUCACUCAGCUGAUGCCGUACGGCUGCCUGCUGGACUAUGUCAAAGAGAACAAGGACAAUAUCGGCUCCCAGUACCUGCUCAACUGGUGUGUGCAGAUAGCCAAGGGUAUGAACUACCUGGAGGAGCGCCGCUUAGUACACCGUGACUUGGCAGCGAGAAAUGUUUUGGUGAAGACUCCUCAACAUGUCAAGAUCACCGACUUUGGUCUGGCCAAACUCCUCAACGCAGACGAGAAAGAGUACCAUGCAGAUGGGGGAAAGGUACCAAUAAAAUGGAUGGCUCUUGAAUCUAUCCUGAACCGAACAUACACACACCAGAGUGACGUAUGGAGUUAUGGCGUAACAGUUUGGGAGCUGAUGACAUUUGGGAGCAAACCGUAUGAUGGGAUUCCAGCCAGUGAAAUAGCCGGGGUCCUGGAGAAAGGGGAGCGACUGCCUCAACCUCCAAUCUGUACCAUCGACGUCUACAUGAUCAUGGUGAAAUGUUGGAUGAUUGAUGCGGACAGCCGACCACGUUUCCGGGAACUUAUAGCUGAGUUUACAAAAAUGGCACGGGAUCCUUCUCGAUAUCUGGUCAUUCAGGGCGAUGAUCGCAUGCACCUACCGAGUCCUUCAGACACUAAAUUGUACCGCAGCCUGAUCAGCGGAGAUGGCAUGGAGGACGCUGUGGACGCUGACGAGUACUUGGUGCCACAACAUGGCUUCUUCAGCAGCCCGAGCACCUCCAUCACCCCGCUGCUUCACUCCACAAGCCUCAACAGUAGCAUUGGAACGUGCCACGGCAGAAAUGGCAUAUUGAAUGGAUUCCCGAGCAGAGAUGGCAGCAUGGUCCUCCGAUAUAUUCCUGACCCCACAGAAAAACUUUUAGAUGACGCCUUCCUACCAUCUCCAGAAUACAUGAACCAGAACGGAGUCUCUGAUGUGAUGAAUCCCAUCUACCAGCACCCGGGUCCUCCUCGCACCAUGCUGCCCACCAUCUCCUCAGACGACACAGAGUCAGAGUACCUUAACUGCUUUAAAAACGAGGCAACUGGACCCGAGUAUCUGAACGAAAUCCCGCUCCAAGCCACCCACCCACUCCACUCGAAUGGCACGGUCCACAGCGUUCAGAAAUACCAGCCACAGAAUAGCAUGGACAACCCGGAUUAUCAAUAUGAUUUCACUCCCGCCUUCAAGACCCACGCCAACGGACACAUCCCAGCGGCGGAGAACGCAGAGUAUCUGGGCCCAGACUGA